AUGAUGAUUUCCACAGGAAAGUUGGUCUUGAUCUUGUUGAUCGUGCUAUUUGAAGGAUCCUUGGUCACUUCAAAAAAGGGCUAUUCUUCAGAACAGCCAUCAGAAAAGGGCGAUGGCUAUUCCUCCAAGGAAACAUCAGAAAAGGCCGACGAUUCCUCAAAGAAAUCAUCAGGAAAGGUCCCCUAUGACUACUCAGCAAACAUUGAGUGCAUCAAGGAGCCGGAGAAACCUCUGUAUGGAGGCGGCAUCAUCAGCGCCGCCGACUCCAGUGGCAAAAAGUGCCCUAUCAAGAACUCCGUCCUCAAGGUCGAGCUCAAGAAGGACCACCACUACGCACUCUCCGUUUGGCUCAAGUUUUCCAAGGGCACCGGCGACAUCACUGCCAUAAUCGUGACGCCCGACGGCAAGUUCAACACCGCCGGCGCGAUCGUGGCCCAGUCCGGCUGCUGGACCUUGCUCAAGGGUGGAGCCACCUCCUUCGCCGAAGGCAAGGGCGAUCUCUUCUUCCAGAGCAACUCAACCGCGGAGAUCAUGGCGGAGAGCAUAGCGCUGCAGGGCUUCAGCUUUGAAGAAUGGAACGCUCACCGCGAUGAAGUCGUCGCCAAGGAGCGCAAGAAGAAGGUGAAGAUCACGGUGGAGUGCGGUGGCAAGCCGUUGCCGGACGCGGAGCUGUCUGUGGAGUGGGUGGCCAAGGGCUUCCCCCUGGGCAACGCCAUGACCAAGGAGAUCCUGGACAUGCCCGAGUACGAGGAGUGGUUCACGAAGCGGUUCAAGUGGGCGACGAUGGAGAACGAGAUGAAGUGGUACAGCACGGAGUACAACGAGGGGCAGGAAGGGUUUGAGGUGGCGGACAAGAUGCUGGCGCUGGCGGAGAAGCACAACAUCUCGGUGCGCGGCCACAACGUGUUCUGGGACGACCAGAGCCACCAGAUGCCGUGGGUGAGCAAGCUCAGCGUGGACAAGCUCAAGGUCGCCGUGGCCAAGCACCUCAAGAGCGUCGUCUCCCGCUACGCCGGCAAGGUCAUCCACUGGGACGUGGUGAACGAGAACCUCCACUUCAGCUUCUUCGAGGACAAGCUCGGCAAGGACGCGUCCGGGGAGAUCUUCAAGGAGGUGGCCAAGCUUGACAGCAAGCCCAUCCUGUUCAUGAACGAGUUCAACACCAUCGAGCAGCCCUGCGACCUGGCGCCGCUGCCGACCAAGUACCUGGCCAAGCUGAGGCAGAUCCAGUCGUACCCGGGCAACGAGGACCUCAAGUACGGCAUCGGCCUGGAGAGCCACUUCGACAAGCCCAACAUCCCCUACAUGAGGGGCUCCCUGGACACGCUCGCGGCGGCCAAGGUGCCCAUCUGGCUCACUGAGGUGGACGUCACCAAGGGGCCCAAGCAGGUGGAGUUCCUGGAGGAGGUGAUGAGGGAGGGGUUCGGCCACCCGGGCGUCAAGGGCAUCGUCAUGUGGGCGGCCUGGCACGCCAAGGGCUGCUACGUCAUGUGCCUCACCGACAACAACUUCAAGAACCUGCCGCAGGGGGACGUCGUUGACAAGCUCCUGGACGAGUGGAGGAAAGUGCCCGAGAAGCCCAAGACGGACAGCAAGGGUGUGUUCGAGGCCGAGCUCUUCCACGGCGAGUACCAGGUCACCGUCAAGCACGAGUCGCUCAAGGAGCCCAUCGUGCAGACGGUGGACCUCGACUCCAAAUCGGAGGCCGCCAUAAAAGCCUAG